AACGAGGGAGCGCGGUAACUGGGCACAAAGCGCUUCGUAAUGUUGACCAUUUAUUUAGCCACGUAGGGAUGUUUUCCCAAAGUGACAAUUUAGUCUGUGAAGAAGAACUAUUUUAACAGCGCGACUUUAUUGAUAAUCGUUAAUACUUUGGAUUUUUCGCAAGCAAAUACCUUGUUAUGUGACAACUUUAAGUGAAGUCCACAUUUCUGCAGGCAGGUGUAAAAUGGCUUCCAUUUAUGGAUCACUUGUCAAGGAGGCUAUUGUGCUGCUCGAUAAGUUCAACACUGGCGACCAGUGUCUGGAUGACUUCAUAGAAGAUGCUUCAAAGGAUCUGCAGGACAUGGAUGCUCAGCACAGGGUGUUCAUCCUCGAUGCUGUUUCUGGAUGUGCUGAGCACAAAAAGCUCCUGGAUCGAGUUGUCAAUAUGUUUUACGGCCAGAAUGGGAGACGCUUAUCUAGAGGCGAUCGCAGUCAGUUCGUCAUUAUCUGCUACCUCACCACAUUCGUCCUUGGUCAUAUUGGGUUUCAACAUUUCAGCAACAUUGUCAAAUCUCUGGAUAUCAAGAAGAUGCACACAUUUCUGAGCUUCUUCUUCACAAAUCUCACCACGUGGAUUCAAGACGAGUGGAACAGCAUCUAUGACGCUGACUAUGUUGAGGAAAAGUGGAUUGGCCCUUUGCUAAGAUGGCGCCCUGAGGUCAAUGUUCUCUUGGACCAACUUGCUGUUAAAUUAUCUCAGGGGACUCAAGUCAAGAGAGCUGCGAGCAAAACAACUGAGCCCCGGGAGUUUGCUCUCACCAAACCUAAGCCACGAGCACUGCCCAUGCCCGAGCUCAUCCCACAGCAGGACAAAUGCAAAGCAGUACCAAAAAGCACCUACAGGCCUCCGAAGGAGAAAAACAUAAUAGAGGAGGUCAAGCAAAAGAACCAUCGAAAGGCUGAGGAACGGCUGUAUGAAGCAAAUGUGAAACAGUUCCAAUGUGUAAAACCUCAGAAAUCUGAACGCACUAAGCAAGUCAUGUCUCAGAUUCAAAAAGAAAUGGAGUCAAAGUUCAAAUACCAUUCAUUUCAUUCAUCUAGAUGUCCGACCAGUAAUAAGACCAGCAACUGGUCCAUCAAGCUGAACAGUGCCGCUAUCCUGAGGCAGGGGGCGCUUUAUGAACGGCGAGUGGAAGAAGAGCUCCAUAGAAUGGAGCGAUUUACAGAGGGGGCACACGAGCCCUCGUCUUUCCUGCAGUGGCAAAACGAGAUGCGUGAAAAGGACCUCCAGGGUGAGCUGGCCGAGAUUGAGCGCAGGCGCCUGGAGGGACGCAUCAGCUACGAGGAGGCGGCUAUGGCCCGGGAGAGGGUGAUGGAGCGCAACCAGAGGACUGCACAGCUGAAGAAACAAGAGGCAGCUGAGCUAAUGCGGAGAUAUGCCGAGAAGAGGUUGCAGGAGGAGGAAGAAAUGCGUGAACUGGUGCAACAAGUGGCAGAGGGUCAUAAGAAUUCAAAACGGGCCAAAGAGAAGUUACUGAAGCUCAAGCAAAAAAUAGUGAAAGAAGUGUCUGCGCAAAGUCAGGAGCUCCUCCGCCAGGCGCUGGAGGAAGCGCAGGAGGAGCUGAGCCGCAGAUUUGAGAUUAUCUGUGAAAUCCGCGCCAUCGAAUCGCUCCCUCACGUCAGAGUCAAGAGCUUCGACGACACAGAGACUGCAGGCCACGAGCUGCUGGGGGAGAUGUCGCUGGCUGAGUUGAAGGAGCGCCUGUGCCUCCUGAAGGAGGCGCAGCAGCUGGAGCAGCGGGAGAAGCGGGAGCAGAUCCUGGAGGACAAGCACAGCAAGAAGCAGCUGCUGCAGGAGCAGCUGGAGGCCGUCGGCCUCCACCGGAGGGCGCUGGCGCAGGCUUCUGCCACCAGAAAAGAGGAGAGGAAAAGCAGGCCGGGGCUUCGGCAGACGGUGGCUCAGGACGAGCGCAUUUUAGCUCUGCAGAAGAAACUUGAAGAAAAGCAGCAAGAGCGCCAGAGACUGAGGCAGACUCAUGGCGACAAGGCCAGAUCCCCCGAACAGGCAGCUGUGCACACUCCAGUAAACACGGGGACACUUGAAAGCAGGAGCUUGAAGGAGAAAAGCUGGGAGGAGCUGGAGCUGAGUUUAAAGCGUUAUAUUCAGAAGGACGCUCCAUAUGGCGUCUCUCAGAAGGAGACACUUGAGUUAUAAAUAUGUAUGUUGCAAAAGCCUUCGGAUGUUUCACUUCAGAUCACAAAGCUCUGACGCAUGCUGAUUAAAAUGGUUUAAGUCAUCA